UGCUCUUCAUGCAAGUUCAAACUUGUCGAUUUGUUGUUGAUGUUGUUGUUAGCUCGUGAUGUGAUGCAUUUUUGUGACGAUUUGGAGCAACUUCGGGGUUAAUGUCUCUGCCAUCUGGAAAGCACCGUUAUGUCGCAGCUCUAUCAGUAUUUUUGUGAUGGCUUGCGGAACCGGAGUAGUACUUUACUAUCCAGUACGUUCAUCACGAGCACCCCCCUCGAAGAGGACGAUGGAGAAGCCGGCCCUGGUCCUUGCCCCGACCCUGGCCCCGCCGCCAGCCCAAGCAUCGCCAAGCUGCUGCAACGGAACAAUUCGCAAUCGCAGUCCGAUCAUGAGGAACUUGAGAAAGACAAGGGGACAGAGAGCUCAGUGCAGGGCCAGGUUGGAAGUGCUACCGAGAGCCCCCCAGCCGAUGAUCAAGUCGAUGGUAUGCGUUCACCAGUUCCAGCUGUCAUGUCGAUGGGAUUGCAAAGAUUGCAAGCGACCCCCGAAGUAGUGCCCAGUCAGAAACAACAAGUCGAGGACGGUUCGGAAAACCUACUCAAUGCAUCUCAACAUUCAAGACACGCAAGAGAACGUAAUGAUGAUGUUUCGUCUGUGGACUUUGUUGAUCGCAUCAUUGCUGCGAAAAGACGUGAUGAUGCCAGGAAACCAAAACGCCCUGCUAGAUGCUCCACAUCGACUGAUGAAUCACAGCCUCAGCAUGAUGAACCUGUGAUCAAAUCGAGAAAAGUCAAUGACUGUGGCAAUGACUCUGACUCCAGUGAAACAGACUAUGAAGGCGCCUCAGAAUAUUAUAGAAGUCGUCAGACUCAAAACUCCACCUGUCAACCAAACUCGUCGGGACAGAAUAAAAAUUUACCAAAGAAAUCAAGUCUAAGCGGUAAUGAAGAAUCGAAUAUGCAACUUGUCUUGGAAUGCAUUUCAUCCGAAAACUCAUCACCAUAUUGUUCACUGAAUCGAAGCCAGAACUUGGAGGAUGGUAGUGUACUUUUGCCAUCUGCAGCAAGAUGCAGAGUUUACAUAAGGUUCAAAGAUGGCAAAGGCAAGUCAUCAGAUUGUCAGCCGGAUCCUUUGCCGCAAAAUGACCAUCAAGGAAUCGAAACUAGGACUGCCAAAGUAGUUUUAACUGAUAUCCUUAAUACUCAGCAAGCUGGCAUUGCUACUGCAGACACAAACAUUUCCAAGUCAACUGCUGUCUUGAAUGGUGUAACAGCAUAUGUUGAAGUAAGAUCAGGACAUGACAAUAGGUCAAUGGGUGUUAGGACCCAGCUACGUAAUCUAGGAGCAAGAGUUCUUGAUAAAUUAAGCACAGAGGUCACUCACGUUGUAUUUAAUGAAGGUGCUCCAAGUACAUUGCGGAAAGCCCAGAAACAAGGAUGUCACCUUGUUUCAGUUCUUUGGAUUGAUGAGUGUAAAAAGCAUGGAAGAAUUGCUCCUGAAGCAGAUCAUCCACCUUUAGAUUUACAUUUAUAUGAUGAGCCUGGUGCUUACAGAAAAAUGAAAUCAUUCCAACCUGAUUUUGAAGAGGGUAAAGCUGAAGAAAGGCAAAAAAAGCAGCUUAAAAGACUGAAGGCAAGAUCACAGAAAGCCACUUCAUCCCAACAGCCGUCAAGCCAAAGCGCACCUUCUGAGGAGGAAUCUUCUGAUGACGUUUCUGAGGAAACACAACCGAAUCCAAAUAUUCCUGAUGGUGUUGCUUUAAAAACUUUGAGUAUUGUUCUUAAAAGAAUUGAUGCAAUUGACUCUUGUGGAGUUUCAACUCAAAAAAAGAACAAGAGAAAACUUCUACCAUUGAAGCAACGCCUUCCAGCUUCUUUAUCUUUUGAUGACUUUCCAGCAGAUAGAGUAAGACCCCCAUUUCCGUACAGUCAGUCUUCUUCCUCACAAAAGAAGAAGAAUAUUCCUCCAAGGAGGAUAGUCAAAUAUCAGUCCUCCUCAUCCCAAAAUUUUCGCCGGAGAUCUUCUUGUUUUGUAAGAGGCACACCUGGUUUAUCUGGGUCCAAACAAAAAAAGGUUAAAGCUAAAAUACCCACUAUGGUAUGCACAUUCAUGCACCGAAGAGAGAUUGAUGUUGUUGCUGCUGUGAUUAAACAGCUAGGAGGCUGGAUUUUAGAGCCAACAGUUUCAUCUAGAACCACACAUGUUGUGUGUGGUGAAAGCAAAAGAACAAUAAAUCUAUUGAGAGGUAUAGCCCAUGGAUGCUGGAUCAUCCGUCAGGAAUGGGUGCUGAGAUCUCUGGAAGCAGGGUAUUGGCUGGAUGAGGAGCCUUUCGAGCUGACAGAAUUCCCAGCUGUACAGCAAUCUCGAAUUGCUCGUGAGACCCUUGGGGCUGCUCCUGACAUUUUUAGUUCUGCUGGAUGCAUUUAUGUAAGUAAAGAUAGUACUCCCCCCUACUCCGAGCUUACAGAUCUCCUUGAGCUAUGUGGAGGAAAUCUUGUAAAAUCAGUGCGUCAAGCCAGAGUGAUAAUUGGUCCAUAUCAACGGCGACCUUCUCAUACUGAUGUUAUGCAUGUGAAAGAACAGUGGGUUCUUGAUUCUAUCCAAGAAAACAUGUUGCAACCAACAAGGAACUAUCGUCUUUAAAAUCUGUUAUCAUCUUUCCUGAUAAUGCUGUGAUAUUUUGUUAGUUUAUAGUCGAAGUAAGGACUCACUUUUUAUUUUGAUUGAAUUCUUCUUUAUUAGUAUUAAUUAAGUAUGCACUGCCAUGUAAUAAUAAAUAAUAAUAAGUGCAUACAUGAAGUACAAAGUAUAUGAUAUAACCUAGUCAAGGUUUGGUAAUCUCCUUGGAACAUGCAUUCAUAAUAUAUAAUGGAAGGUUAUUUAACCUUUAUCUUGUAAUAAAAAUUUGAAAUCCUAUCUGCUUAUAA